AUGCACUUACAGGGAACGUCGUCAGCUCUGAUUGGAUCUUUUCAUCAGGGCGCUUCGCCGUGUUGGCAUGAAAUACCAAGCCUCGCCCCGCAGCAGUUGGAGGCCUCAAUCCGCCUUGCUCAGCCAAUUCCUCUUUUUGCGAGCACCGCGCUCAAAACCAUAGAAUACCUUCAAGAAAAUCCAUCAAUAUUCCAAUUCGACCCUGACCCAAAGGAGCCAUUCACAGAGGGAUUCAUCGAUCCUAGGGUUCUCACGCUUAGCCGAUCCCCUGAAGUUGAAGAGGGAGCUUAUUAUAACUCUCCCAUACCAGGUCGGCAGCAGGAUAUAACCCAGGACGACGCUUACUACUCCCUUUCGGAGUCGUCAUUAGAUUACUCCUCUUCAUAUUUGGCAGGCUGCGAAAUUGAGGAUUUCUUGCGUUGUACGGCUGACGAAGCCCAGCCAGCUACCACCGUACGAAACGAUACCUGUUCACCAUCCGGACAAAGUCCGGCUCACUCCUUAAGUGAAGGUGAAAGCCGUACGUUGAAACUUUUCUGUUUGCACUGCGGGAAAGAGUUGAAACGUCGAUGCGAUCUCCGGUAGAUAUCCCUACCCCUUUCCCCUCUUCCAUUUUCAAGAGAUAUUUAGCUAAUACAUACGAUUCCCCCCCGUCGUCCUCUGGCUGAA